AUGGGAAACUGUUUUGGAACUGAUCAGGUGAAUCAUCACCAUAUCCCAAGCACCACCAAAACUCCAAUGUCCCCAGCAGAAACAUCAAGAAACAUUAGCAAACAAACAGAAGGGAAGCCAAGAAGCCCCAGCAAUGCAGCCCAAAACGGAAACAUGGUUGAAUUGGGAGGCCAAAGCAACGUUAACGUUGAGGAAAGGCCUCAGGCUGGAAAGGUGAUUACGCCAAACUUGAAAAUAUUCAAACUGGCAGAGCUGAAGAGAGCGACACAAAAUUUUAGACCGGAUACAGUGCUCGGUGAGGGAGGGUUUGGAAGGGUUUUCAAGGUUUGGGUGGAUGAGACCACAUAUGCACCGUCCAAGGUCGUCGUUGGAAUAGCUGUUGCUGUGAAGAAAUCGAACCCUGAUAGCCCCCAAGGGUUGAAAGAAUGGCUGGCAGAAGUGAAAUUUUUGGGCAAGUUCUCUCACCCCAACUUGGUUAAACUCCUAGGCUACUGUUGGGAAGAUAAAGAAUUCAUUCUCGUAUACGAAUACAUGCAGAAGGGAAGCUUGGAUAACCAUCUUUUUAGAAAAGGAUCUCCAGAACCACUUUCAUGGGAUACAAGGCUUAAAAUAGCUAUAGGAGCAACUCGAGGCCUCUCUUUCUUACACACAUCAGAAAAGUCUGUGAUCUACCGUGAUUUCAAGUCGGCCAAUAUAUUGCUAGAUAGGGACUACAAUGUAAAGCUUUCUGAUAUUGGACUAGCAAAGUUGGGCCCCACAAAUGGACACUCGCACGUGACAACUAAUGUAAUGGGCACUUACGGCUAUGUGGCUCCCGAAUACGUUGAAACAGGUCAUUUGUACAUACAAAGUGAUGUCUACAGUUUUGGGGUUGUACUGUUGGAAAUGUUAACGGGCUUACGGGCCCAUGACCUCAAUAGGCCCAUUCAAAACCUAGUCCUCUAUGCCAAGCCAUCUCUGUCUCACAAAAAUAAACUCAAGAAAAUAAUGGACUCAAGACUAGGUGAACUUUACCCGUUAGAAGGUGCGUGCCAAGUAGCUCAGCUAAUACUAAGAUGCGUGGAAUCCAAUCCAAAAAGUCGUCCAUCGAUGGAACAAGUUUUGGAAGAACUAGAAAACAUCAAUACCAUCAACAUGAAAACAAAUUGGAGAUAA